CAAGUCGUACUUCAUCUACAGCCGUAUUCUUUACUGUCACCUCGCAUCAUCAUCUCUAUCAAAAUGAAGUUCACUACCCUCACUAAUGCCCUUCUCCUUGCGGGAACGGUCGCUGCGGCACCGGGAACAGCCAUCAGACGUGCACGAGCAGCAAGACAAAGCAAGCCCCUGAAUCCUGUUGAUGGAUUAACUGCCUUGGGCGGGCCGAACAACUCUCACGUCCAAUACUCGGGCAACUGGGCAGGUGCGGUCCUUGUUGGAACUGGUUACACAUCAGUUACUGGCACUUUUACUGUACCUACUCCCACUACUGAUGGGAGUGGAUCUGCCUGGGUAGGCAUAGAUGGCGACACAUGCGGUACCGCUAUUCUCCAAACUGGAAUCGAUUGGACAAAAUCCGGGUCGUCAAUUACAUACGACGCCUGGUAUGAAUGGUAUCCAGAUUACGCAUAUGACUUUAGUGGCAUCUCAUUGGCGGCCGGAGAUGUUGUGACUGUCACCGUGACUGCCACCUCGAAAACUGGAGGAACUGCGGUUAUCAAGAACACCUCGACUGGGAAAACGGUCACCCACAGCUUCAGCAACGAAGCAAGCACCGGGUCACUCUGCGAGACUAACGCUGAAUGGAUCGUCGAGGAUUUUGACUCUGGCGGAACACAGGUCAGCUUCGCUAACUUUGGAACCGUUUCCUUUACGGGAGCUUCGGCUGUGCAGAGCGGAACUAAAGUUGGCGUGACUGGGGCUAGUAUCAUUGAUAUUAAGCAGGGCACCACAGUUCUUACAGACUGUUCCCUUAGCGGCUCUUCGGGUGUGACUUGCAAGUAUGUCUAAUUUGCAACGAGGGGAUGAGUCUAUGUUGGCUAGAAUGAUGAUGAUGAUGAUGGGUAGUUUCGUCUAUGGGGAC